AUGCCCUUUUCCAGGAAUGGAAAUGCAAAGUUUGGAGUUUUGAUUGGCAUUUCAAUUACAUAUUUAUUUUCCAUAAUGGGAAAUGUGAUUAUAGCUCUGUUGGUGUGCUUGGUGGAACAGCUGCAUAGUCCUAUGUACUUCUUCUUGUGCAGUUUGUCAGUCCAGGAUACAAUGCAUGUCACUAACAUUCAGCCAAAGCUAUUGGCCAUCCUAAUCACAGGUGACACUAGAAUAUCAUUAUCGGGAUGUAUCACACAGGUAUUUUUAUUUGUGCUCUGUCUUAAUUUUGAAUUUUUGCUACUUACCUCCAUGGCGUAUGACCGCUUUGCUGCCAUCUGUAAACCUUUGCAUUAUAACAUAAUAAUGAACAAGACCACCUGCAGGCUCAUGACUUCUACAUGUUGGUUUGCUUCAGCUUUAAAUGCAUUGAUUUAUUCCUUGAUAGUGUCUAGCCUGUCAUUCUGCAAAUCUCAUGAUAUAAACCAUUUCUUUUGUGAGGUGAAAGCAAUGCUGACUUUAUCAUGCACGGACACCACCUAUAUCUUCAGACUAAUCUAUGCUGAAAGUAUUCUUUUGGGGAUGUUUCCAUUUUUACUGAUUGUCAUUUCAUAUAUAUUCAUUAUAUCCAGCAUCAUGAAGAUUCGGACCUCAAGAGGAAGACUGAAAACCUUCUCCAGCUGCUCCUCACAUAUCACCACUGUUAUACUUUAUUGUGGGUCCAGUAUUGGAUCCUAUUUGAAAACAGAGUCUGUACAGUCUCCUCAGCAAAAUGAAUUGAUUGCUAUGCUCUACAUUAUUCUGGUUCCAAUGUUAAACCCAAUAGUGUACAGCUUAAGAAACAAAGAGGUUUUAAAAGCUAUGAAAUCAUUAACCAAGGGACAUGGGUCUUUGCCCACUUAA